AUGGCAAAUCCAAAACUAUGCCUCUUCACCUUCUUCUUCGUUUCGCUAUGCCUCUUCACCUUCGUUCACUCCGAUUCUCACUUCGAAGGCUUCGAAGCUGAAGACGACGAUGCCGAAUUCGAAGAAUCAUCCAUCGAUCCAGCUUCACUCCGAUCACCUCCCUCUCAAUCUCUCUCCACCGAUCCCAAUCCCAACCCUAACCCUAACCCUAACCCUAAUCCUUCUCCACCUUCAGAUCUUCCCAAAUCUACUCUUCCCUCAGCCACAACCUUCGAUUUCUGGGACGACGAUGAGUUCGAAGGUCUUCCCACUGAACAACAACACCCUGACCUCCAUGUCCCAACCACCGAUCCCAAAUCCACUGAUAGUAACAACAACACCACUUCCUCUAACGACAACGUUAAGCCUCCUCCACGUUCCUUCACUGUUGAAAUCAUCUGCGGGAGUUUUCUGAUUACGUUCGCGAUCAAUUACUUCACGGGCAAAAAGGAGAACGAGAACAUAGCUCUUUCAUGGGCUUCACAGUUCGCUGCUAAAGAUUCGAUUUUCGAGAAGAAUUUCAGUCUUUUGGGGAUCGGUGAUGGCGGUGAUGACACUCCUUUGUUGUUGAAAGAAGGGCAGACGACUUUCAAGUUUUAUGCUAGUGGGAGAAGGUAUUGUCAAGGGCUGUUGGCGACGUUGGAGUUGAAGAGUCGACACGAUCUCAUUGCGAGGAUUUAUAAUCUGGUGGUUCCUGCUAAGGAUGAGAUUACUUUUGAGGUUUAUAUGAAUGAUGAUGCUAUGGAUCAUGUGGUUUUUGCUAUGGCGAGGAAGAAGGCUGCGAAAGCUAUGCAUAAGGAUUUUAGGGAUUUGCAGAGGGAAGUUGCUUCUGAUUUGAUCACUGAUGCUCUCAUUGACCAGGUUUUUGGUGACAAGGCUUUUGAGAAAUUUGGAAAAGGAUUAAUUUCAGUGCAUUUCUCCGACAAUCACCCUGGCAUCCACAAGAAAGUGCUGCUGUUCAAGUUUGUUCUUCCAGCUGCUAAAAAUAUGGCUGAUAUGACUCGACUGGUGGCUCUUGUUCCAUAUUACAUUGACCUGAUUGGAAGAUAUAAAUUGAGUUCUCAGGCUCGGUCUAAGACAGAGACUGCACGGCAAAAGGUUGCUCAAGAGGUACAGAAAGAACUUCGAAAUAUCCAACAAGAGGCCAUGCAAAGAAGAAAGGCAGAGAGGAAAAAGAUGUUGGAGGAGGCUGAGGCAAAGCUCGGUGCUGAGGCCAUUCGAAAGAGAGAAGCAAAAGAACGUGCUCGCCAAAUGAAAAAGUCAAUGCCAAGGAUGAAAAUGUCCCGUGGUGCCUAA